AUGGAGUUUGUGCGGCUUGAGGAAAGGGAAAACUACAAUUCCGAAGGUCUUCCACGCUUCAGGAUAGUAACAUGUGGUGACAACCGUGUUGAAAUGGGUGUCAGAGCUCAGAGCAACAGCAUGGGUUCAUGGUUGCACAAAGCAGCAGAGAGCGGGGACAUGAUAGAACUGCAGGGAUUGCUGGAUGCGAGCGUGGACGUGAACCACCGAGACGAGUACAGGCAGACUGCUCUCCACAAAGCUGCAGGGAGAGACCACGAGCAGGUCGUCGCGCAGCUACUGAGGGCUGGUGCUGAUCCCAGUCCCCGUGACAACUGGGGGAGGACGCCACUGCACCUGGCAGCCAGGGAGGUCCACGAGCGCGCUCUCGGGUUCCUGCUCAGGGCAGCCCACCGACAGCUGGGGGAGGACUCCUCUGCACCUGGCUGCGAAGGAAGGGCGCGAGCUCGCUGUCAUGUGGCUCCUCGUCCUGGGGCAAACUCUGGUGCUGCGGACAACUGGGGCAGGACGGCGCUGCACCUGGCGGCCAAGGAGGGCCACGCGACGACGGUGAAAUGCCUCCUAGAGGUGGACGCCGACCCCAGCGCCCGAGACGGCUGGCAGCGGACUCCCCUCCACCUGGCGGCCAAGAACGGGCACGUGGAGUGCGGCGGUCGCCUGCUGGCUGCAGGGGCUGGCCUCAGAGUCAGUGACAACUGGGGGAGGACCCCUCUCCACCUGGCUGCGAGGGAAGGCGCCGAUCGGAGCGUCCAGUGGCUGAUCCGGUACGGUGCCGUUGUCGACGCGAGGGACGACUGGGAGCGGACGCCGCUUCAUCUGGCAGUCAGAAACAGGAGAGAGGCAGCUGCCGUGUACCUCGUGCGCAGGGGAGCUGAUCGUAGAUUGCAGGACAGGUGGCAGAGUGAAUUAAUCGUGUCUGCUGAAUUGACAGUGGCAGCUGAAGCGGACGCAGUCUGA